AAGAGGAUCAAACCUUAGAUCAAUCAAGAAAGAAACUUGAAGAGAAAGCAAAGCUGUAUGAGAAGAUGACAAAAGGCGAUUUCCCAGAUGAAGAAACUGAAGAUUUGUACCUAGUGGAUUUCACUCAGAAGAUCAUAGACAAACAGCGAGAAGUACAGGAACUGUAUCAGAAUGAAGCUGCUAGAAAGACUUUAGAAAAAGAGACAGAUGAUGAGGAAAUUGAACCAGAAAUGGAAAUACCACCACCAGAGGACCCAGAUGAAGAAUGGGUUGAUUAUGUUGAUUCCUUGGGCCGAUCUAGACGCUGUAUGAAGAAGGAUUUACCAAGUAUACUUAAAAUGGAUCAGGAACUUCAAGGGAAAAGACUGGACCCUGAUGGGAAUACACUGUUAUCUGAAGAUAUGAAAAGAGAACUUCAGAGGCAGCAGUGGGAAAAAGAAGAAGAAGAAGCCCUCCGAAAACCCAUGGGGCCCAUUCAUUAUGAGGAUAUUCGAGAAAAUGAGGCCAGACAGCUUGGUGUUGGUUACUUUGCCUUCUCUCGUGACCAGGAUCUUAGGCAUAAACAACGGGCAACACUGGAUAUGCUAAGAGAGCAGACACUGGAUCAAAGAACUAAACGUGAACAGUUAAAAGAAAAAAGGAAGGCAGCUCUAGAAUCAAGGCUGUCUAAACUUCGAGCACGGAAAGUGAAGAAGUUAAGGGAAGAAGGAUUAGAAGAAGAGGCAGAAAAACUGGAGAAUGGAGAGGUGAAAGACACCACCAGUCCAGUACAAGCUGAACCUGAAGUUCCAAGACCAAGCAGAAAGGUAGAAGUUGUCAUCCAGGAGAGAAGAGAUACAAAGCCUGGCGUGCCUUAUGUCCGUGAGUGGGAUAAAGGCAAAGAGUUGAUGUUUGGACAAUGGUCGAAGAAGCAGGAAGAACUCAGAGAUGAGCGAGAUCCUGAAUUUGCACCACCUUCUGAUUACUUUCUGGGGCAAAAGAAGGAUGAUAGUUACAGCAGCCAGAAUUUGAACAGUCCUGAAACCUCUCCUGGAAAAACAGAACCAGAAAUAUCAGAGGACCAAAAGAAGUUAUCAGUGCAGGCCAGUACCCACAGAGCUGAAGUUGUGCCACCAUCUGUGCAAGCAUAUAGCAACAAUGUUCAAGGUGGGCCAGCACCAGCAGAGGCCUCAGACAGUGAUGCUGAAGAUGGAUCAACAUCAGCGGAGACUGACAGCAAUGAUGAGCAGGAUGGGCUGCCGUCAGCACAACUACAUCUGUGGUGCUCAGAACAUGCUGCCACCAAUGCAGCCUUAUGGCUAUGGCGCUCCACAUAUGAUGCCACCAAUGCAGCCUUAUGGCUAUGGCGCUCCGCAUAUGAUGCCACCAAUGCAGCCUUAUGGCUAUGGCACCCCGCAUAUGAUGCCACCUAUGCAGCCUUAUGGCUAUGGCACUCCGCAUGUGCCAUUUUCAAUGCACGCUUAUGGCUACGGAACCCAGGAUGUGCCACCACCAGAGCAGGCCUGUGACUGCAGCGCUCAGGAUGCAGCACAGUCAGGGCAGGCCUGUGACUGCAGCGCUCAGGAUGCACCUCCUCCAGGGCAG